GGAGCUUGUUGACUUGUCUGGUCCCCCGGCGCCGCGAGCGAAUCGAUCCGGCUACGGAUUGUUCCCCACUCCCUCGCCUAUCCGCCCGACGCAUCACGCCGGCUGGCCGGCCGGCGGGCAGGGCGACCCCGAUGAGCUCUCCCCCGCAGUCGCGUCAGGCUCCCACUUACCAGUUGUUGCUUCUCCUGCUGCUCUUCUUCUCGCCAAUCGCAUCGGCUGGACAACCAAAAGGUGUAUGUGUUUCACCUGGUGGGCGGUUCCCUGCUUUCUCAUCUGAAGGCAAGCCUCCAGGAAGAGCAGCAAAGGGGCGCAGAGAUCUAGCACUAUGUAGGCUAUUCCGUCAGAACACAUGUUGCGAUGUGACACAGACAUUUCCUGCCCUGCUUUCAGUGAGAAAGCUCUCCUCAACUGGCGAAGGCAGCGGAGAAUGCCUUCAUUUAUGGGAAUUGCUCGAGUGCUCAGUAUGUGAUCCGUGGGUGGGUGUCAGGCCUGGACCUCCUGUUAUAUGUGCAUCAUUCUGUGACAUGGUUUUUGAAGCUUGUUCAGAGGCAUACUUCUCUGUUGAUACGAAAACACAGGCCUUAUCUCCCUGUGGUUUGGGUGACAUCCUUUGUGGCAAAGCACAUAAAUGGGUUUCUAAUGGCACAGAACUAUGUCGCCUUGCUGGUUUCGCUGUGCAAGUAUCUGAGGCCAGCCCUACUGAAGUUGAUGAAACUUUCUGCUAUGGUGGGAAAGCAAGUUUGGAUUCCAUCUCUGAUACAUGGACGUCUUCGAAAGACCGCCCAACAUUACGUGGUGUGACCUCUUGGGAUCUUGAAGAUUUUCAGAGAUGGGCGACACAAAUGCCUGUAGGUGAAAGAAUUUCGUGGGCAAUUGGAGGAAUGGUUCUUACAGCAGGCCUUUUUAUCAGCAAAAGAGAGGGCUACAGCCGUCGUCGGAAACAAGCUUCUGUCGCUGAGACUGUGAGAAGAAGAUGGAAUCAGGAGCUAACCUGCAGCCAGCUGAAGCGAAGCUAGGAAGACACAUGUAGCAUUACUAAUAGAUAAUCUCUUGGAUUUGUACUUCUGCGCUCUGUGGUUAAUUCUGAUCAACUAUGAAAAGGAUAGAUUGUAGACCAUGCCCUCUAUUCUCGAAGGAUAGAUUGUAGAUCAUGCUCUCUAUUCUUGUUCUUAAUACACGCAGUCAAUGGUACAGCCUUUUGCCAUCAUUGUGUGAGUUGAGAUUCGUUUGGAAUGCAAUCUCUAGUUUUGCUCGAGUUGUAUAUACUACUAUAGAAUAUUUGGGAAAGAUUUCUUCAGAGGUUAUUCUGCGGUCA